AUGUCGUCUCUUAUCGAAACCUGGCGAUCUAACAGAAAAGAAACAAUCAGGUUAUUGCGAAAACUCGCAGAUGAACUGGAUUGUAUGCAAGUACACGUGGACAAUUCCAAGUUGGCAGGAAAUACCAUGUCUGCUGUAGCUGGCGUUGGCACAGUUGCUUGUAUUCUUGCUGCCCCGUUCACGGGCGGUUUGUCCACUCUAGGUCUAACAGGGUGUGCCGGCCUCGGAGUUGCUGCAGGUGCUGUCAAUCUUGGAGCUUUGAUAGGAAAACAUUUCCGCGAAAAGGAUUUGAUUGAGGAGGUUCAAAAAGCUCUCAACAAAGAUCGCAAAGCGGGCGAUGAAUUAAACAAGGCGUCUAUUGACGUUUCUGGUACAUGUAGAGAAGCAAUACAGCUUGGGAUGGAUGUUGUCCACGUCGUGAAGGAUACAGGUAAGGUAGCCAAACAGGCUUCAAAAGCAGCGUCGAAGAGCUUCUUUGCUGUUUCAGUAGUCCUUUUACCGCUGGAUAUUAUGGAUUUGAUACAAUCUAUUACCGACGUCAACAAUGGAUCCACCAACGCAACUGCAAAAGAAGUACGACGCAUCGCUAAUGAACUUGAAAAAGAGAUGAGAAAUAUGUGA